UCCGCACGCCCAGCGGCCCCUCCUGCGCUGCCGCCAGAGGCGAGGAGGCGGCGCCGGGACCCGCAGAGCGCGACCGGGGCGCCCGGGGGAAGGAGCCGCCCGGCAGCUCCAGCCCAGAGCCCUGCGCGCGGCUGCGGGCCCGGCGACAGGAUCGGCCCCUUGCCCAGCCCCGGGAUGCGGAGCGAUGAAGCCCGGCCCUAGAGCCCCGCAGUGGGGACCCGGCGGCGGCUGUGAGGGCCUGGGCUCCAGCCUGAGCCAGGAGAGGAAGGGCAGGAAGAUGCAGCCACUGCCCUGUGCCCUGCUGGGCCUCCUGGCAGCGAUGACAACAGGGGCUCAAGCAGUUGCUUCCCCCGGAAGGACAAUGGAGCCAGCGCUGUUUGAGAGCCGCCUGCUGGAGACGGAGGAGCACCUCCUGCUGGACCCCGGCCACGUGCUGAGGCUUCACUGCGAUGACAACCACAGCCUGGGCGUCGCCUGGUACAAGGAGGCCAAGCAGCUCUUCCCAGGCGGGCGCGUCCGCAUCUGGCAGCGCACGCUGGAGAUCGCCGAGGUCGCCUAUGAGGACUCGGGGCUCUACAUGUGCCGGGCGCAGGACACUGGACAGAGUCUGCGCAACUUCACCAUCUCCAUUGUGGACUCGCUGGCCUCGGGGGACGAUGAUGAAGACAGCGACGGGGACGGUUCCCUCGGUGAUUCAAACGAGGAGCCCACUUACCGCAGAGCCCCGUAUUGGACGCAGCCGCAGCGGAUGGAUAAGAAGCUGUAUGCCGUCCCUGCGGGAAACACGGUCAAGUUCCGCUGCCCGGCGUCGGGGAGUCCCAACCCCAGCAUCCGCUGGCUAAAGAACGGGCGGGAGUUCCGGGGCGAGCACCGCAUCGGCGGCAUCCGGCUCCGGCCCCAGCACUGGAGCUUGGUCAUGGAGAGCGUGGUGCCCUCCGACCGGGGGAACUACACCUGCCUGGUGGAGAACCAGGCUGGCCGCAUCCGCUACAGCUACUUGCUGGAUGUGUUAGAGAGGUCCCCGCACAGGCCCAUCCUGCAGGCCGGGCUGCCUGCCAACACCACAGCGGUGGUGGGCAGCGACGUGGAGUUCUUCUGCAAGGUGUACAGCGACGCCCAGCCCCACAUCCAAUGGCUCAGGCACAUCGAGGUGAACGGCAGCAGCUUCGGCCCCGAUGGGGUGCCCUACGUCCAAGUGCUCAAGACAGCCGACAUUAACAGCUCGGAGGUGGAGGUGCUGUACCUGCACAACGUCUCCAGGGAGGAUGCUGGGGAAUACACCUGCCUGGCCGGGAACUCCAUCGGCCUGUCCUACCAGUCAGCCUGGCUCACCGUGCUGCCAGCAGAGGAGCUAGUGCGGGAGGUGGAGGCCCCCGAGACCAAGUACACCGACAUCAUCAUCUACACGUCGGGCUCCCUGGCCGUCGCCAUGGCCGCCGUCAUCGUGGUGCUGUGCCGGAUGCAGACCCAGGCGAGCAAACAGCCCCUGGAGCCCGUGGCCGUGCACAAGCUCUCCAAGUUCCCGCUCAUCAGACAGUUCUCCCUGGACUCAAGCUGCUCCGGAAAGUCCAGCACGUCCCUGAUGCGCGUCACCCGCCUCUCGUCCAGCUGCACCCCGAUGCUGGCCGGGGUCCUGGAGCUCGACUUGCCACUGGACUCCACGUGGGAGUUCCCCCGAGACAAGCUGGCGCUGGGCAAGCCCCUGGGAGAAGGCUGCUUUGGCCAGGUGGUGCGAGCAGAGGCCUAUGGGCUGGACAGAGCCAGGCCAGACAGAGCUCUCACCGUGGCUGUGAAGAUGCUCAAAGACAAUGCCACGGACAAGGACCUGGCCGACCUGAUCUCCGAGAUGGAGAUGAUGAAACUGAUGGACAAGCACAAAAACAUCAUCAACCUUCUGGGAGUCUGCACGCAGGACGGGCCACUGUAUGUGCUGGUGGAAUUUGCCUCCAAGGGGAACCUGCGGGAGUUCCUGCGUGCCCGGCGCCCCCCCACGCCUGACUACACCUUCGACGUCGGCGCCAUGCCUGAGGAGCAGCUCUCCUUCAAGGACCUGGUCUCCUGCGGCUACCAGGUGGCCCGCGGCAUGGAGUACCUGGAGUCGAAGAGGGGCCGGCUUCCCGUGAAGUGGAUGGCGCCCGAAGCCCUAUUUGACAGAGUGUACACGCACCAGAGCGACGUGUGGUCCUUUGGGAUUCUGAUGUGGGAGAUCUUCACGCUGGGGGGCUCCCCGUACCCUGGGAUCCCGGUGGAAGAGCUCUUCAAGCUGCUGAAAGAAGGGCACCGCAUGGACAAGCCUUCCAACUGCACCCAUGAGCUGUACAUGCUGAUGAGGGAGUGCUGGCAUGCCGUCCCCUCCCAGCGCCCGACCUUCAAGCAGCUGGUGGAGGGGCUGGACAAGAUCCUGGCAGCUGUCUCAGAAGAGUACCUGGACCUGUCCGUGCCCUUCGAGCAGUACUCCCCCUCCUGCGAGGACAGCACCAGCACCUGCUCCUCCGACGACUCCGUCUUCACCCACGACCCCCUGCCCAUCACCCCCUGCCUCUUCUCCUACCGCAGCGUGAGGACGUGAGGGGCCGCCCGGCACUGGCCUGGCUGCCCAGGGCGCCUUGGCUCUGGGGGGCUGGACAGCCUGGCAGCGGGGCUGGGAAUGACGAGGCAGCUCUUGCCCUCCUCCCGCCGCAGGGCACUGGAGAGAGCUGAGCAGCGGGAGUCUCUGGGCCCCCGCUCCAGCCAUGGACCUGCUCCUUGUGAGGGGUUGUCCUCGGCUGGCCUGGGGACUCCGUGUGGCCCACCCCCCCCAGCCUCCUGCUGGCAUCUGCUCUCCAGGCAGUCAGGGCACCCUGGGCCUUCCCGCAUUGCCAAGCCCCCAAAGGUCUAGCUGGCCCCGAACCCGCCGUCACGCCCCGCAGGGCAGAGUGAACUCGUGUCAGCCCAUGGGGCAUGGGCUCGGUGCCCAGAGGAGCUGCCUGGGGCCGCCCACAGGCCUCGCCCAGGAAACUCUGCUUGUUUUGUUUGAUGUAAUUUUUAAUCAUAUUUUUGUGAUACUGUACCAGUGGGAGCCAGGCACCCCGCCCCCGCCCACUGGAGCGCCCUGCCCAGGGCUGGCCAGCCGCCCCCCCACAUCCCACCUAGCCCUGUACAUAGCCAGAGAGAGGAAUAUUUAUGUACAUAGCGUCUCUAAUGCACAUGAAGUAUCACCUUGAUAAAUUAUUUUUGGAAUAGA